AUGAUACUUUGCGUUGAUGUUACGGCUGAGGAGUUCAAGUUAAUUGACGCCGAAUGCUUAUGUGAUAUGUAUAGAGUUAAAUUGGUAAACUAUACGGGUAGAUUAUGUGGGAUUAGUUGGGGGUAUGAUGAUUGGUUUGGAAAGACCCUUGAGUUGUGUAUGUGUGUUCUAGAGGAUGUUGAGACUCAGGAAUGGUCUAAAAGUGUCUACAGUUUGGGAGAGAAGGCACCGGUUUGUCCUUGGAACGAUUAUGUCGUGGGAGUGACUGCUGCUGACCAUGUAGAGGAUAUUGAUGCUAACGAUGCAAACCAGCAGCUCUCAAGGCCAGUGAAGGAAGGCCUAGAAAUCAUCAGGGAAAGGCCAGAACCACCAAAACAACAACAAAAACCACAAAUACAGCAUACAUCAAGUGACCUCGGAAAGUCUGAUCUAUAUGUGAAGAACAAGCAGCCGACAAUCCUCCUGCAGAACAAGUACGAAUUAUUAGCUCACGACAUAGAGUGA